AUGGCGGCGGUACUCAGGGCGCUGCCUCUGCUCGCCAUCCCCUUCCUCCCGCCGCCGGUGGCCGCUCUGGUGGCGCUCUCCUCCCUGGCCAGCCGUGUCAGCGCUCGCUUCGACGACUGCUUCAAACUGAAUCAUGCCACCUGCACGAUCUACCCCUACGACAACGGCACCAACUCCAUCGACCGCACACGACCCAACCGGGACCUCGACCUCGGAGCGGUGUGCCUGCACCCGCUCUGCCACGCUGACUCCACCGAGCGCCUCUUCUCCGUGCUCAACGGGCAGCGUCACGGGCGUGGGGACGACAUCCUCCACAUCUACUGCAUCGUGAGCACGCUCGAAGGGGACCUGUCAAUCCUACCAUGGAGGAACACCUGGCGCGUCCAUCUUCCCGUCGCCGACCCGGGCGCUGCUGCAGCUUCCGGCGCCAACAUCUGCUACAUCGAGCUCGCGCAUUUGGACUACAGGGAGGGCUACUACAUCCACUGCCCCGCCGGCGAGCAUCACCAGACGUACUGCACGGAGUUCCCCGAGGAGGCGAUCGCGGCGGCCGUCUGGGAGCACCGCAGGCUCAACUACGAACUACCGCGCCACCGCUGGCCCACGUGCUUUUCCAGUGCAGGUGGCAUGAUUCAGUUUGAAGCAGUCGUCGAAGCGAGCGCUGACACGGCUGGCCAGGGAGGAGAGCGCCACCGGCGGCGGGAGGAAGGGGAUGGCGAGCAGAGGCAGCGCCCUGAGUACCGCCGCCAUCUUGGAUGGAGCGGUGAUGCCGCUAGCGCCAGGCGUCAGCAGGCUACCGUCGACAGCGGCGGCCUCGCGCGUGUGGUCGACGAGCAGACGCUGGGGCUUGGAGUCGUGUGCGCGGUCGCAGUAGUCGUGCCCGGUGCGGUGGCGUUGUCCUCGUGCGCGAUGACGGAGGCGUCGUGGAGGCGCUGCUGCAAGACUGCGCCGGAGAAGGUGGACGCGGAGGGCGACGCUGCGAGGCGGUUGGAGGAGCGAAGUCGGAUGGUGUCUGGACGUCGGGUAUGGGAGCGAAGUGACGCCGUGACUUCUCUGUGA